GCUCACACAUAUCAACAGUGUGUUUUUUGGGGUAGUGCAGACUGACAGGAUGCAUCAGUUGACAGUAGUGACCCUCCUGAUGGUGGCGCUCUGCUCUCUAGCGAGCGUGGAAUCUUCUGCUUAUGAUAAGAUUGUCAGCCACAGUCGCAUCAGGGCCAGGAAGGAAGGGCCAAACGUGUGCGCCCUGCAGCAGGUUUUGGGGACUAAGAAGAAAUACUUCAGCACAUGCAGGAACUGGUACAAAGGAUCCAUCUGUGGCAAGAAGGCCAUGGUGGUAUAUGAGUGCUGCCCCGGCUACAUGCAUCUGGAAGGCAUGAAAGGAUGUCCUGCAGUGGCCCCCAUUGACCAUGUGUACGGCACGCUGGGGCUGGUGAAGGCUACCACCACGCAGCAGUACUCUGACAUGUCCCAGCUGAGGGAGGAGAUUGAAGGCAGAGGCUCAUUCACCAUGUUUGCUCCCAGCAACGACGCCUGGGGGCAGCUGGACACCAGUGUACGGUCAGCAUUGGUUAGCAACGUGAACAUCGAGCUGUACAAUGCCCUCCACUACCACAUGGUCAGCCGCCGCCUGCUGACCAAAGACUUGAAGGACGGUAUGACGGUCAUGUCCAUGUUCAACGACCUGGGCCUCUACGUCAACCACUACUCCAACGGCGUGGUGACCAUCAACUGUGCCAGGAUCAUCCACGCGAACCAGGUGGCCACCAACGGCGUGGUGCAUGUCAUUGACCGUGUCAUCAGCGCCGUGGGAAACACCAUUAAGAACGUUCUGGAUGUGAACGAUGAACUCUCCUCCUUCAGUGCAGCCGCCCUGGCAUCGGGUGUGAUGGACAAGCUGGACCAGCCAGGACACUACACACUGUUUGCACCGACUAACGCCGCCUUUGACAGGCUGGGGCCAGGCCACCUGGAGCGCCUCAUGGGAGACAAAGCCGUUAUUGCAGCCUUAGUCAACUACCACCUGCUGAAGAGCGUCCAGUGCUCCGAGGCCAUCAUGGCGGGCACUGUGUACGAGACGGCCGAGGGCAGCAGCAUCGAGGUCGGCUGCGACGGAGACAGCCUGACGGUCAAUGGUGUCAAGAUGGUGCUGAAGAAGGACAUUGUCACUACCAAUGGCGUCAUCCACCUCAUUGACCAGGUGCUCGUGCCCAACUCAGCCAAGGAUGUGAUGGAGCUGAUGGCCGACUCCCAGAGCACCUUCAAUGACAUGGUGUCAGAACUGGGGUUAGCCGCAGCAUUGGGCCCAAAGAAGGAGUACACGCUCCUCGCUCCCCUCAACGCCGCCUUCACCAAUGAGGUGAUGGCCACGGACCAGACGCUGCUGAGGUACCUCCUGGAAAACCACAUCUUGAAGCUGAAGGUCACGCUGAGCGAGCUCUACAACGGCCAGCUGCUGGAGACGCUGGCUGGAAAGCUGCUGCGAGUCUUCAUCUACCGAACGGCUGUGUGCAUCGAGAACGCCUGCAUGGUGCGAGGGAGCAAGGAAGGAAGCAAUGGCGUCCUCCACCUCAUCAGGUCCAUCAUCAGACCCUCUGAGAAGACCACCUACCAGAUCCUGAAGGCAGACGGACGGUUCAGAAUCUUCUUGUCGCUGAUGGAGACGGCGGGUCUGAUGGAUCUGCUGAAGCAGGAGGGCUCCUUCACCGUCUUUGCGCCAACGGACGACGCCUUCAGCGAGCUCAGCCAAGAUGACAUCACGUUGCUUAAAAGCGACCUGAACGUUCUGAGGACCAUUCUGCUCUAUCAUGUGGGCAAUGGCAUCUUCAUCAACGGCGGCCUGGAAGGUGGCGUGACCAACCUGCUGAAAACGCUGCAGGGCAGAAACUUGCAAGUUAUGUCCGUGAACAAUUCCAUCCACGUGAACUCAGUGGACGUUCCAGACAGUGACCUGAUGGCCACCAAUGGUGUGAUCCAUGUGGUGAAAAACGUUCUCUAUCCUGCAGACCUUCCCGUGGGCCGCCAGGACCUAUUGCUUCUUCUCAGGAAGAUCAUCAAGUACAUCAAGAUCCAGUUUCUGUCAGGAUUCUCCUACACUCAGAUCCCGCUCACCUUCAUCAAGAAGACCAUCACUACAACGGAGUACACAGAGCAAACUCCCGGACAAACGCAGCUAAUCCGGGUCAUCGAAGGAGAACCAUCGGUCACCAAGAUCACCAGGUUGGUGGAGGGAGACCCCUCCUACACCAAGGUAACGCGGCUCAUCGAAACAGAACCCACAGUCACUAAGGUGGUGGUGGAGGGCGAGCCGGUGAUCACCAAGGUGGUGGAGGGGGAGCCCUCAGAUACCAAGGUAACCCGGGUGAUUGGGGAGCCGAGCAUCACCAAGGUCAUCAGAGUUAUCGAUGGCGGACAGCUGGACUCAGGCGAGAAGCCCAUCACAGGUGGAGCCCGCUUCACUGAGAUCGAGCCUCAUAUCAUUGAGGGACCCGACUUCUCCAGGAUCACCACCAUCCACGGCAACCCCAACCUGAUUGACGAGGAGUCUGAGAGAAUCACCAAACUCAUCCAAGCGGGAGGGAGGUUUGCUGCGGCCAGGAAUGGUCCAGCCGGCUUGAGGAGGAGGAGGACACGGCCUGUGAGGCGUCACCACAAGACAAAGCAGUGAAAUGAGCUUGUUGAUGGAUUAUCUUAUGGACCAGCACAAAGAGAUCAGUCCAGUCCAGUUGUAUUUUUCUACCAUGUCCAAGCCGACCGUGCAUGAAUGCUGUCAUGUACGUACGAUGAACAUUUGCUGUGAGCUAAAAGGGUGAAGGUGACGCGUAUGACAGAUAUUUGUUUUCAUGGUUUUGCCUUUGGGGACAUUUCCUAAGCUUUUUAUGGUGCUCGCAUCCAACACAGAGGAUGCUUUUGAAUAAAAAGACUAAACGUGUACUAGAUGUCACUCUGUAAAUUAUCACAUCGUCAUUAAAAUACAUUUU